AUGGACAUACGUUUGCAGCUGCAAAUAAAAAGAGACCCAAAGAGCUACAAAACGCUCUACAAAAACGAAGUCGACAAGCUCAGAGGCAUGAUAAAAAUAUCAAAGCUAGACCCAGAGGCCAAGAACUCAGAGCUUUCAACUUUGCUUACUUUCCUACCGCACAUUUCGAAGCACUACGAUGAAGACAUAGCAGGAGAUAUCUUCAACUACGCCCUGGACUACUACUCUCUCCUUGAAAGGAGUUUAUCGCAGUCCGUCAUAACGGGAAUCACUACCCUUAAAAAAACAAAACAAAUAGGGCCAGAAAUAUUCUACAAACAGUCUAUUCCCCUGAUAGAAGAAAUGGACAAAAGAACAAAGACAGUGUUCAUUCAGUUCCUGAUCGCAGAGAUCAUAAGAGACAACACAGAGCACAGAAAGUUGAUACAGGAGAUCCUGAUAAACACUAUACACUCAGGGGUAGAGUCGCACUCCAAAAGAGCAGUGUAUUUGUUUAUGCACCUUGUCAGCAGAGAAGUGUGGGUGGAUAAAGAGUCCUCGGAGAUGGUCUUUGAAAUGAUCUUCCAGGCGCCUCCUGUUGUGAUUAACUUUGUUUUUAUGUAUCUCCUCGAUAGAGUUAAGCUAGUUGUAACAGAAGAAGAGAUAGAAGUGCCUGUUGUGAAAAAAACAGAUUCAAAGAUAAAAAAAGAGACAAGAGGAGACAAGAAGAAAAAAGAGAGAAAGGAAAAAGAAAGGAAAAAAAAGGAAGAGGAGAAAAAAGAGAAAGAAGAAAGAAAAGAGCCCAACAUAAUAGCUCUACUAAACAGACUGGGAGACAAAGGGCCAUACUAUGGGUCUAAGCUGUUCAAGAAGGUAAAGGCGUCAGAGUACUCUCCGGAUACCAAGCUAAUGAUGGUGCAGAUAGUCUCUCGUAUCAUCAGCUUCUACACCAUUAACAUAAAAGGAUUCCACGGGUACAUGAUGAGGUUCUUGUUUCCGCACCAGGAGAAACUGCCGAGUGUUUUUUCUGCUAUAGCACAGGCCAUCCACCAGGAGACGCCCAGCAGAGAGGUAGAGGCUGUGUGCGAGCUGAUAGUAGAAAACUUUUGCAGCGACUACAAGGACGACGACAUAAUAGCAUAUGGAGUAAACUCACUCAGAGCUAUCAUCAGAAGAUACCCAGAGGCUGCGCAGUUUGAGUGCAUCAAGAAAGUCAUGGACUACAGAAGACUGAAGAAGAAGAGGGCAGUCACUGCAUCAUCAGCUCUGAAGAAGAUGAUCAGAGACAUUGAGAAAGCGAAGGAGAAGGAGAAUAACGAAGAAGCUGAAAAUAUUGCCAAAAGCAGCAAGAAAAACAGCUCUGGAGAUAAAGAGAAUGAUGAAAUGGCAGAUGAUGAUGGCGAUGAAAGCGGCUAUGAAAUGGCAAGCGAUGAAGGCUCAUUCGAUGCAGAUGCAAGCGAUGAUGAAGAGUCGCUGUCCGCUGAUGACUCUUCGUUCAGCGGAGAUGAAACAGACGAUGACUCCAAUGGCUUUGUAACUGAAGAGAUGAUCAGCAAGAUCCGCAAGAAAGACACAAAAGAAGAGAAAAUAGAGAAAGCGAAGGCAGACAAAAGAGAAAGAAAGAAGAAAGAACAGGCCAGCACAAACAAGGAAAAACAGAAAGUAAAGAACUACACCGUAAGAAAAACAAAAAGAAAGGCAAUUCCAAAAAAGAGAACAAAAAAAACAAAGAGAUAA